AAUCCGAUAUCACAAUUUUUUAUGCAGACCUGGUUCUAUGAAAUUUCAACAUUCUUGAAUCGUUCAUCCACCAGCCAAGUAAAAUUUUCUUCACUUAAAUUACAAAUGGCUGUUUUACGAAAGAAAUCUAAUAUUUGAACAACCAUGUUAAUAUUUUAAACUUUUUUAAAAGUCAUUUUGUGUUUUGUUAAUCGAAUAAUUCAAUAUGAAGCUGCUGACCAAAUUUGUCAUCUAUUGCGUCGUUUAUUGUUUAACUAUAAAUAUCACUCAUCAAUCCAACUCGGACGACAUUUUCGGCUCCGGAGAUAGAAACAUCCUCGUACGAACGAAGAGAGCCGCUCUGCGUGAUCUCAAUGCAUCGCAAUCUCCUGCAGUAAGCGAUGAUACAACUCAUCGCAAAAGACGCACCAAAACCACACCUUUGGAUUUCAUCAAACAUAAAGAAGAGCUGAAAAGCAUCGUCGACUUUCUCCUACCAAACCAUACGACUCCAUCAUGGGAACAACUCCGGCCAUCGAUGAGUUCCUUACAAGAUUUCCCGCCCGAUUCCCAACAGAUAGAGAUAUCCAAAAAACAGUUCAAAAAACUCUACGUCAGAAUGUUCUUCGAUAAAUACCGAUUCCAUCCGAAAUACGACCAAUUCUACGACUGGUUUUACGACGUACUCAGACAACCUCACAGAAUGGAACGUCGCUGGAGAGCGUUCCAAAACUUCACCGGCACCUUCGACUACGAUAACUUACUCAGCAGUACACCCAUCUCGAUUCCGACAGCUUACCAUCAUUUCUACGCUGCCAUCAACGAAAUCGAACGCAUUUACAAAAUUCGUCCCGAAGAUCCUCCCAGCAUAGACGAAGAACUAUUCGACUCCGGGUACACUCCAUCCCCUUCACCCAACACCAAUUACAGAAAAGAGCUGAGGAAAUACGAACGUAUGUUCAAAACAGCUCGCACACAAUCGUGGGAAGAUUCCGAAGAGCUGAAUCAAGCAUACUGGAAUCAUUUCAUCCCCGAAGGAUGCCCGGAAAAAUACAAACCCUUCCAUAGAUGGCUGGCCAGCAUUUACAUGCGCAUGUGUCGAGAUAAAAAGAAAAAUAACGCUUACGUUAACCUCGAACACAUCAACGUCUUCAAAACCCAAGACUACCAGACUGAAUUCAACAACACACCUUUCCCCAUACCCGACGAACAUAGAGAAUUAUGGCCCAUAUUCAAGAACUUCGAUUUAGCCUACGAAGGAGUCACUCAACGUUACAACGAUACCCACUAUACCGUAAUCACCACCGAAUCUACACCCAAAAUCACCAAAAGCACGCCCAAACCUCCGUGGAAAAAAUGCUGGAGAGCUAAUCCGAGAAAUUCCACCUACGUUACCAUCCCACCCCAUCUUACUCAUCUGAUAAACGCAUCAACUUGGAAAUUAUUCUCCGCACGUAAAAGUGGCAGAAAUUACACGUUGAUCACGAUGCCUUGGGAUGAUAAAGUCAACGCUUUUCUAAGGGUUUUCUUAACUAAUAAAAUGAAGUGGAUGCCCAAAACAACCGCUAUGCAAUUUGAUCCUCAAUAUAAAAAAUACCUCGAUUGGGAGAAAGAUGCUCUGUACGAUAUCGGAGACAAUGUGGCCAAAAUUGAUUUCUCGGCUGAUAAAAUGACCUCGUAUUCUACACGAGAUCCGGAUAAGUUACCAUUCCCUGUACCCGUUAAACGUAGAGAAUUCUUUGAAAGGAUAAGCCAUUAUCUCGAACAAAUUAAAAAACACACCACGUAUCGAUGGCAUAUUACAGCUGGACAACGUUAAUAGUCAAAGUAUUCGUAUUUGUAUUUUCACUCGACAUUCUACAAAUAUCAUUCUAUUAUUUUUAUAUUGUAAUUUUUUGUUGAAUAAUAUAAUAUUUCUAUGUGGAAAGAGUCUGGGAAGAAAUCAUUUUUUAAACUUAGUAUUUUCACAACUGCGAUAAUUUCACUUACCAAUUGCAAUCAUAUCAUUUUUCAGAAAAAGUAGGUACAGAAAGUGUGAAAAAUAAAUUUUAAAAAUUCAUAUUGAAAAAACUGCGAAGGCAUAAACAUAAAUUAAAAGCCCAUCCAAGCAAAAUGCUUUGAUUGAAAAUUCAAUUUGAUUAGGUACCAAAAUUUGAGAAAAAACUAAGAAAACAACAAAUCUUUAGCGAAAAGUGGCAAGAAUUGGUCAAAUAAUCACAAUCGUCAAAUUAUUAGGAGUUUUUGUAGGAUCCAGAGCAUAGAUUGAGCACAUAAAGCAUCAAUUUUCAAAAAUCAGAUAUAAUUUGAAGAUUUAUUAGAUUUUUUUUUAGAUAUUGUUUUUAUGUUGGUUACAAAACUUUUUGUUAAUUUUAUUCUUCAAUUUGCUAAUAAAAAUUGUACACGGAGUUGUCCAACGAGUACAGGAUAAGUGCAGGACUUUUAGUAAGACAUCCUUUCUUUCUUUCAAAUAUUUCCAUGCUUUUUCAAAGUCAAAAUAAAAUUUUUCAAGUUUCAGAGAAAAUUAAAUUUUCAAUUCAAAAUUUCAAAAAAAAGGAGAGAAUAAUUUUGAAAAGUUGAGAAAAUAUGGUAACAGAACAUACAAGCAAAAAAAAAAAAAACAAAACAAAA